CACACACUCUCACACAGACAAACACACGCUCUGGCCGCCGGCCUUCCAGAGCCAGUUUUGGACGCGACUAUAAAACCGACUGGUCACAGGCACGCCCCAGCAUUCCAAGGAGUUUUGUCGGGACGACACCAGCCAAGGAUACGCCAGUAUGAAGGUGACGGGUACCCUGACGCUGCUGUGCUGCCUGCUGCUGCUGCUGCCGGCCGAGGGUCAGCGACGCCACUACCGGGGCCGGUCAAACCGCGGCAGGAACCCCGGCCGCGCCCUGCGCCGGCUGGCCACAGCUGGGCUGCUGUUCGGGGCCGGCACCGCCGUGGGAGUGGCGCUGGCUCGCGGAAAGAGGGACGUCUCGUUCGAUGACGCCAACCUGGGACUGGCCGAGGAGACCGUGCUGGAGGCGGUGCAGGCUGCCGACUCUGACCGCUGCAUGGAGCAGUGGCUGUGCGACAUCACGGCCCGGCCCGAGCAACAGAGGGCGGAUGAGGAGCAGGAUAUGGUGCUGCUGUUUGAGGACGAGGCGGCGGCCGGUAUCAGUGACCAGCCGGGCUCCUUCCACGCGGUGUACGUGGCAGCUGCCGCCCGCGGCCUCCGCGCUGCCGCCGAGGGCGACAGGAGCUCGUGCCAGCUGCCCAGCUGCCGGCUGCAGCCCGACCAGCUGCUGCAGCAGCUCAGGGCCGCCGAGGAGAGCGAGGAACGCUAAUGGGAUGGCGACGGUAGCACGCAACCAUCGGAGAGCGUUAACAUCUGUAAGGAGGGCAUUAAAUCUACCGUGUAUGUAGGUACUUGUAGAGCUGAUAGCAAGACGCUGCAGAAAACGCGAUGCUGCAAAAUGCCGAAGAAGCUAUUGAAAGUUGUCUGUAGCUAUCGAAACAGCACCUAAAAGAGCGAGCCCGUUUGGUAAACGGCUCUGAAAGCAGCACGUGUGAUUGGAUGGGCAUUACUUGUGACCGUGACCUCAUGAUGACCGUGACUCAUGUAAAUAAACACAUUUCACCAGUAAAA